AUGGCCCAAAGUAGCCCUGCUAGCGUUAUCCAGUUUCUUCAUAUCAUUCAAAACCUCAAGGUCACUAAAAGAACCGGGUGGGUUGACAAUGGCAUCAAGCAGCCUGAAUCGAUCGCCGAUCAUAUGCAUCGUAUGGGCGUUAUGGCCAUGCUCGUGGACGAUGCUGCACUGGAUCGCAACAAGUGCGUGAAAAUGGCUAUUGUGCACGAUUUGGCAGAAUCCGUGGUGGGUGAUAUCACACCUCAUGCUGGUGUUAGCAAGGAAGAAAAGUACAAGCGUGAAAGUGCUGCUAUGCAAGAUUUCCAAUCAAUGCUAGGCAAUACACCUGUGGCUCAGGAAAUUGUGGAUCUUUGGCAAGAAUAUGAAGACGCAAAGACACCCGAAGCCUUGCUGGUGAAGGAUCUUGACAAGUUUGAAAUGAUUGUUCAAGCCCUUGAAUACGAAAAGUCUGAUAAAAAGUCACUCCAAUCUUUCUUUGACUCCACCCAAGGCAAAUUCCAACAUCCUACUGUCAAGGCAUGGGCCGAAGCAUUGUAUGCAGAACGUAAAUUGUUAUAA